GACACCAAUCAUAAAUCAUAUGCACUAUACAAAAGGCCGGGUCUGUGUCUGUAGAUUAAUAUUUGCUCAACACGUUUAAAGGUUAAAAGGGUCAUGCACAUAGAUAGACCCUAGGCGCGUACGUAUUGCAUGUAUUGUGGAGUAUCGGUAGGAAAACUUUGGCAAAGACCGACCAUAUAGGAAUAUAGAUCAAAAUCGUGAGGGUUCAAGACAAUACACCCGAAAUAAUUUAUUCACCACCGUGACAUUGUACUUGUGACCAGUGUUUAUGAUUUUCAUAAAAACCAAGUUAACCCGGCAAGUUGACUCGUUUAAGACUUCAUUUCUCGUUUAUCUCGCCUUUUAAGAUCUGCUUUCAAAUCGAAUCGAGGAAAACGGAAUCCAAGCAUUACAUUCUCUCUGCAUAGAUAGUCAUAUACCAUCUUCAAUCAUCACCAUGCCCAACUAUAAACUGAUCUACUUUGAUGCCCGUGGUCGUGCCGAGCCUGCCCGUAUGAUGUUUACUCUUAGGGGUAUCAACUUUGUCGAUGACCGUUUUAAACACGAGGAAUGGCCGCAGCGAAAGACCAAUAAAGAAAUGUUUCCCACUGGACAAGCUCCCGUUUUGAUGAUUGACGACAAGGUGAUUCCGCAGAGUAACGCCAUUUGCAGGUAUCUGGCCAGGGAGUUAGAUUUUUAUGGAGCUAAUAACUUAGAAGGAGCUCAGAUCGACAUCGUCCUCGAAACCAUGGGCGACAUCGAGCUUAAGUUACAUCACGUCUACGUAGGACAAUCUGAAGAGAAGAAGGCUGAGCAGAAGAAAGAGUUUGUGGAAAAGACGUCCAAACCCUACUUUUCUUAUCUUGAUCAACUCAUCCAAGCAGCAGGCGGGAAGAAUUUUGGAGGAAAUAAGCUCUCACUGGCUGAUAUCCACGUCUUCAACAUGCUGGAUAUGAUGACUAACAGCAAGUAUGCUAUAGAGGGCGUCCUCGAUGCCUACCCUCAGCUGAGUGCCUUCUACAAGUUCUUCAAGGAGGAAGGUCCUCUCAAGGCUUACAUUGCAUCGCGGCCCGUCACAGAUUCUUAGAUAGAUCAAAGACUUCUCAUGUUACAGUCACGAAAGCAACCGUUGGUGUGGCAUUGGUGUUACGGAGCUUCUGAUCAGCGACAUACGGAGGAUUCAAGAAAAGAGAAAAUUUUAUGUCUAAUGCUCGUCAUGACAAAUAACAACAAAUAAGUCUUUGUCGAAAUUGGUGAACCAAACCAUCGGUUUAAUCCUUGAUCCUGGAGGGACGACAUAUUUACUGUUUUUCGUCAGCUAUGAAACUUAAUAGGACUAAUUGCUUCCUCAGCUCUGGCUCACCAACUUUCGACAAAGAUCCCAGCUGUUUUUUUUUUGUCAUUUAACGGGCAUUUUCAAUACAUUUACUCUGUUCUUGUAUCCUCUGUACGUUGUUGAGCGAAAAGUGCCUAAUAAGCUGAAAACUUUGGUCAGUCUGAAGUAGGUUUUGCCGGUUCCAUGACAAUUGCUGCGGCGAUCAUAGAUCCGAUGGAAAAUCUGCACGUUAGGCCAAACAUAACCUAACCUCCAAAACUCCAUAAAUCCUAAUCUUUACGUUAUUCUGAACCCCAAACUCUAUUACAAUCCCGAACUCUAACCCUAUGCAAUCUGAGAUAUCAAGACCGGAGCAAAUGUCACCGUUUUGCCAGUGUGAAUGUACAUAAACAUAUACAUUGAAGUCCACGGAAAUCUCAACAAGCCACAGAAGACCCAAACAUAGUGCCAUACGGUGGUGAAACAAAUCGAUGGAUUAACAAAUUAAUCCGUUUUGAUUGCACGGCUCGAAUAUUCGACCGAGGAGUCGUAUAUAUUGUAUUCAUAUGAAUUUGACAUAUUUUUAUAUAUGAAUUGAAUAAAAAAUCAUACGAUUUGA